CUGCAAAUACGAUGCCGGUACGAAGUGAAACAUUGGUCCAAUCAUGUUGCGAGGCGUUCAAACGUUUCAAGCGAGCCCGGAUGCUGACUGGCUGGUGCGGCAGGGCCGUCAGAUGAUGGCUGACUAUCUUGCCUUAUCGGUGUCGGCUGGGGUGGGUUUCGGGAUUGGCACUGGUUUCGGGAAAUUCUUCGACGGUGUCUGGAUGGUCUGAGGAAUGUACGCGUGUGCCUGGACUCCAGGUGGAGAAAUGAGA